AUGAUUUUACCAAUGCCUUAUUCCCCUGCUCUUUUUUGUCACCUGAAUUUAUUAUUACUUGCUCUUUUGCCAGCUUUUGCGCUUGCUCAAACUAGCACAAAUGGUACUAUAGAACUGAACUCAUCUCUCACGGCCACAGACAAUGCUACUCCUCCAUCAUGGCUUUCACCUGGGGAAGAUUUUGCUUUCGGGUUCCGAAAAAUUGAUGAAAAAUCAGACCAGUUUUUGCUGUCCAUUUGGUACAACAAAAUACCUGACAGAACAAUAGUCUGGUUUGCAGAUGGUGGAAAUGCCGUGCCACGAGGAUCCAGAGUGCAAUUAAGUGCUGAUCGGGGAUUAGUCCUGAGUGAUCCGGAAGGAAAGCAGCUGUGGAACUCUGGUACAAUAUCUGGCCAAGUUUCGCGGGCCUUUUUCAAUGAUACUGGCAAUUUUCAGCUUCUGAGCAGCGAUUCUACUAAAUUAUGGGAGAGUUUUGACUAUCCGACUGAUACACUUCUGCCUACACAGAUCAUGCAGACUGAAGGGGCUCUUUACUCCAGAAGGAGCCAGAUUAGCUUCUCGAAAGGAAGGUUCCAGUUGCGUUUGCUGAAAGAUGGAAAUCUUGUCCUGAACACGCGAGAAAUUCUGACAGAUUAUGCUUAUAAGGCUUACUACAGCAGUGAAACUUUUGACAGUUCGAAUGCCAGUAAUUCUGGUUACCAGGUUUUGUUUGAUGGUUCAGGCUACAUGCAUAUUUUGAGGAGAAACGGUGAUCGUGUCACUCUGACGCCUAAUCGGGCUCUUCCUACUACAGAGUAUUAUCAUAGAGCAACAUUGAAUGUUGAUGGAGUUUUUGUUCAAUCUUAUCACCCGAAGAGUUUCACAGGCACGCCUAAUUGGUCUUCAAUCUGGCGAGAGCCUGAUAAUAUUUGUCUUGAUGUUCCUGCAGAUUUAGGCAGCGGGGCUUGUGGGUACAACAGUUUAUGUAGUCUUAAUGCUGAUGGACGGUCAGUUUGUGAAUGUGCGGUAGGCUAUUCGUUGGUUGAUCCAGAUGAUAAGUAUGGCAACUGCAAGCCGAAUUUUAGUGUGAGCUGUGAUGAUUAUAAUGGACAGAGGGCUAAUGAGGGCUUAUACGAGCUCUUACAAAUCAACAAUGCGAAUUGGCCAACGUCUGAUUAUGAGCGUCUGGAGGGAAUCUCUGAUCAAGAAUGCAGAGAUUCGUGUUUGAGUGACUGUUUUUGUGCUGCUGUCGUUUAUGGUGGCCCGACUUGUUGGAAGAAGAAGCUACCUCUGUCUUUUGGGCGGCAAGGCAGUAGUGAAAAAAGUAUUGUCUUAAUUAAGGUUAAGAAAGGCGAGCAUACUUCACAGAGUCCCGAGGGCAGUUCCAGAAAGGAUGAUCAUGGCACGUUUAUUCUGGUGGGAUCAGUGCUUUUAGGAAGCUCAGUGUUUUUCAAUUUUGUUAUUAUUGGUGCUUCUUGUUUAGGGUUCUUGGGCAUCUACCUAAAAAACCCUCUGAAGACUAGACCGGAUAAUGACAUAGUUGAAACAAAUUUGCGAUCAUUUACCUAUCAAGAGCUAUCAGAAGCCACGAAAGGGUUUACAGAAGUACUGGGAAGUGGUUCCUUUGGGACAGUGUACAAAGGAAUGGUGCAGAUAUCAACUUCAAAGACCUUAAUUGCCGCGAAGAAGUUAGCUAGAGUGACUCAAGAGACUGACAAUGAAUUCAAGACUGAGGUUAACGCGAUCGCCCUGACUCAUCACAAGAACCUGGUCAGACUGGUAGGGUUCUGUGAGGAAGGGGAGAAUCGUCUGCUUGUUUAUGAGUACAUGGUGAAUGGCUCACUUUCAGAUUUUGUUUUCGGGGAGGUAAAGCCUAGUUGGACACAAAGGGUUCAUAUCGCUUUAGGCAUUGCUAGAGGCCUCGCGUACCUCCAUGAAGAAUGCAACACGCAGAUCAUCCAUUGUGACAUAAAGCCUCAAAACAUUCUCCUAGACGAAUACUACAAUGCUCGGAUUUCUGAUUUUGGACUGGCAAAAUUCCUGAUGCUUGAUCAGAGCAGGACUAAAACUGCUAUCCGCGGAACAAAAGGAUAUGUUGCUCCUGAAUGGUUUAGAAGUACUCCGGUUACAGUCAAGGUUGAUGUUUACAGCUUCGGUGUGAUGCUGCUGGAAAUCAUUUGUUGUCGCAGAAAUGUGGAGAAUUUCGGAAAUGAGGGUGGAGGGGAGAUACUGACAGAUUGGAUUUGGGAUUGCUAUCAACAAGGCCGGUUGAAUGAUGCAGUGGAAAAUGAUGAGGAAGUUAUGUUGAUUGAGUGGACGAAUGUAGAGAGAUUGGUGAUGGUAGGAAUGUGGUGCAUUCAAGAAGAUCCAUCUCUGAGGCCAACAAUGAGAGAAGUCACACUGAUGCUCGAAGGAGUUGUAGAUGUUCCACAGCCCCCAUGUCCAUCUUCAUUUUAUUCCAAGUAG